UAAAAGCGAAAGAACGCCUCACUGCGGUUCUCAGUCCAGCUCACGCAGCCACAUGGCCAAGCUACUGAUAAUCGCAGAGGUGUUCGCAUUCUAUGUCACUAUAGUGCGUGCACAAUAUAAUGAAGGUGAACGCCAAGGAGUUUCAGAGCCAAGCGAUUUUGCCAUUGGAAGUGAUUCGGGCUUCAGACGACACAGUGAAAAAAUACAUGAAGACUAUUACUUUUCUAAGCACAUCAAUCAACAAGAUUUCCAGGGAGCAAGUGAUGAUAUAGCUCCCCAUUUCAUCAACCAUAUUGUCAAAACUUCGAGCUCCAGUUCAUAUGGCCCAUCUGUAAUCUUAGACAGGAGUGCUAGAUCGGUUCCUAUAGCACCAAACUUACGGCCCCUUCCUAACAAUCCCAAUCUGAGACCUAUACCCUCUGACCCUAGCUUGCAUCCCAUACCCUCAGAUCCCAAUGUCCAGCCAAUCCCAUCGGAUCCAAAUUUAAAACCUAUUCCUUCAGAUGCCAAUCUUAGACCUAUACCUACUGACCCUAACCUCCGCCCCAUACCGUCAGAUCCGAAUUUAAAACCCAUUCCUUCAGAUUCCAACCUUAGGCCUAUAUCCUCUGACCCUAACCUCCAUCCCUUACCAUCAAAUCCCAAUGUCCGUCCGAUCCCUUCAGAUCCAAACUUAAAACCGAUACUUUCAGAUCCCAAUCUUCGACCUAUACCCUCUGACCCUAACCUCCGCCCCAUACCGUCAGAUCCGAAUUUAAAACCCAUCCCUUCAGAUCCCAAUCUUAGACCUAUAACCUCUGACCCUAAUCUUCGUCCAAUACCAUCAGAUCUCAAUGUCAGCCUCUACCGUCAGAUUCAAACUUAAGGCCCAUCAGUUGAGGUCCUGAUGUAUAACUAGUUUUUUCGGAUUCAAAUGUAAGAUCAGCCGUCCCCUAUCCCAGUGACGUAUUAAUCUCUAAAUAUCCAAAUUCAAAGUUAAUGUCCUUCCAGUGUAAUAUUAUAAAUAUACCUUUGCCCUCAUCACUCCACAUCCCAUAUUGAGGCCUCUAGCCACAAUUCUUACAAAGGACCAAUUUCAUUAGCUACCUGCGUCCAUUCUACACCCUCAAGCCAGUAUACCUUACCAUUACACUCUAUACCCAUAUUCGUCAAUGAUUUAGUGACUUCAAAAACUACUGCGUUCUAUGUAUACUAUUUUAAACUGUGUGACACUUUUAAUAUUUUCAGAAAUAUUGUAAUGUACCACAUAAGUAAUUUUAACUUUAUGCCGUUUAAACAAU